AUGCCUUACAAAAAUUUAAUCGUCCUCACCAUUCUGCUUGCAGUAGCUGGACAAACUCUGGCUAGUAGGGGCGACCCAAAAACCACCAAGAACAAUAACGAUGAGAUGAAACAACCUGAGUGGCUUUUUAAGUCUGACCCCAGUGUGCUCAUUCCAGGAAUUGGGAAGAUUCCGGUGCCACCAGCAAUUACCCAUCCACAUUAUCAUCACCCUUACUUUGGCUACACUGUAGGUGGAGGAGGCACCAGUGGAAGUGGAACCGGUAGCGGGACCGGCACCGGGACGGGGAGUGAUAUUCCAGGUGGUGAUGACACAUUUGUACCUAAUCCUGGUAAUGAGGACUCAACUCCUGGAAGUGAGAAUGGUGGUGGUGUUCCAACAGCUGCUCGUCCUUGA